AUGCUUCCAUCCGUUCAAGUUCAACGACAUUUUCUUCGACUUACACCCGAAAGAGCCAGAUUGUGGGCUCCUUCGGUCGUCGGCUUUGGCAUCGUAACGGGUGGUGCAGUUCUAUUCAUUGGUGAAAGAGUUCCAAGAAUUCGUCGGGAUAUAUUACAAAGAAUUCCGAUUAUUGGCAAUUAUUGGACUACUGAAGAAUAA